CCGCUGCAACCAUUCACUCACGUUGGAAUGUGGGUUUCUGGCAGUUAUGCCCAGCCUACAUACCAUCAAUACCGAAUCCUCUAGAAAUAGACCCAUCCUGAUCAACUGGCAAGGCGACAACUAUUCUACCCAUGGCCUCCUGUCCAUGCUUCGCGCGUACCGUAUACCAUGGCAUGACUACAGUCAGGACCCAGCUACCCACCAUUGCGACUCCGUUUGCGCCGGCUCUACUUGGCGGCCCUUGGCGGUUCUUGUCCUACGACGCAACGACGUUGGAUCAGCUCCGACGUGGGAUGACCGAAGCUGGGCCCAGGCAUUCUAGACCCCAGAAAAUCCCCAUUGACCCCAUCAUCCCACAUUGCCGUCAAUUGACCACUCACGGCCCCGAAGCUCGCAGCCCGCAACCCGAGGACACAGGCUCGCUGCUCGCACAACCAAACCACCCAUCACACACAGACCAGAACGAGGGGACGAGAGACAUUACAUCGCACACAUGGAGGGGUUGCGUCGACGAUCCAAACGCGAUGCUGAUCCCUUCUGUCGGUUUUCCUCAUCUGUGCUGCCUGUCGCCCAUCACCCCGCGCCCGGCGCCCAUAUCUGCGCACGAGGCAUCCGAGAUCGAAUCAUCGCUCCCGGCGGCUAGUCGCCGAGCUCAAGUUUCUAAUUCUUGUCAUUCUUGUUCACCAAGUGCAACAUCGAAUGGUCUGACACGGUCACAAUCUUUUCGGUGGAGUCGCCAAGCGCUUGGCUCCUCGCGACCGCGCAAGAUGGUGUGGACCGGGCCAAGUGACGUAGGAGGUUCAACCCAGAGCGCCAUUCCGCCCCCCUUCGAGCCCCUCGGUUCUUUCGUUCCACGCUCGCUCAGGCCAGAAACACUACUAGUUCUUCCUCGUAUGUCCUUGGCAACGAAACUAUUUCGCCAAGCCGUCGCCGUGCUCCCUGGUAUCGUCGAAACCACAGAUCGGGUUCGUGUAUAGCUUCGUAGAGAAUCCAAAUCAUGCUCACUGACACUAUCCAUGCCGUCACCUUGCGUCACCGGCCAUCGACCCGAACCAACCCCUCGGAACGGUCUAUGUUGGACUCUAAUUCUCGGUUUUCCACUCCGGCGCUAUUAGCGUAAGUUACUUUUCCCUUGAAGACAACGACACGUUGCUCGCACGUUUGCAGCAACGUAGCUGGGGUGAGACACCUCCCCUAUGGAUGGCCGCAUGCUCGUCCAUCACAAACACACUU